UCCAACUUAUCUCUUCUUUCACCAGUUGCAAACAUGUUCCAACAAAACUCUCCCCUUUCUAAAACCCUAAACCCCUGUUUCUCCACCUUCACACCUUAUCCCCUAACCAAAAUCUCAAACCCUCUUUACAAACCCAUAAUCCCAACUCACUCAUCUCCCAAAACCCCCAAAUACCAAUCUAUAAAAGCACUGUUUUCACCCAAAAUUCCAUCAUGCAGACCAAGUGUUCGAUCAUAUGCCGGCCGCAGCAAGAAAAAAGAAGGGGGCACAUCCACCGGUCGAAUCGAAGGCAAUGCAGAGUUACGCAGAGAAGCAAAGCGAAACGUUCGAAGAAAGAGCAAAAAACUCGCUGAAAAUCUGUUUUAUAGGCUGAAGAACCCUCAUGGUAAUUACCCUAAUAACUUUACAGAAGAAGAGUUGCAGAUGAUUGGGUUAGGGUAUGACAGAAUGGUUCAGUUUAUGGAGAAAGAUGACCCCAAUUUGAAGCACCCUUAUGAUUGGUACAAGUAUGGUGAAUUCGGCCCGUAUUCGUGGCGCGGUGUGGUGUUAGGAGAGCCGAUUCGUGGGCGGUUUUCGGACGAGAAUGUGACUUUGAUUGGUGAAGUUAGGGAUCAAGAAGAGUGGGAAAAGAUUGAGCAGUUUGAAAUGAGUCAGGAUUUUGGUCAGAGGUUGGAGUCAAUGGAUAAGAGUGUCGGGUUUCGGUACUUUUGGGUGUUUGUUCGGCAUCCAAAAUGGCGAGUUUCGGAUCUUCCAUGGGAGCAGUGGACUUUAGUUAGUGAAGUUGUGGUUGAAGCUGGAAAACAGAGGUUAGAUAAGUGGAAUUUGAUGGGUAGGCUUGGGAAUAGAACUCGAUCGUUGAUUACGAAAUGUGCAGCGUGGGUGAGACCUGAUAUUAUAUACGUGAAGAGACCGGUUUAUCAGUGUCGGUUUGAGCCUCAGGAUGAGUUUUUUAAGUCAAUGACGCCUUUGCUUGAUCCGGAAACCGAGCGGGAUUAUAUGUGUCAGUUGGAAAGUGAUGAUGGUGGGGUGGAAACGUGUACGUAUUUCGGUGGGUUGUGUAAGAUUUUAGGGGUGAACCAGAAAUCGUUUGUGGAUGAUGUGGUUAAGGCGUUUGAGAAAGCGAGUGAUGAGAAGAAGUCGAAGUGUUUGGAGUUUCUGCUCGGGCAUCAUCCAGUUGAAUUGCUUCAUCCGUAUACGAAGGAGUGGAAGGCUAAGUUGGAGGAAAUGGAGUUCGGUUGUGACGCUCCGGAUGAGAACGAUGACGGUGGGUCCAGUCUCGAAGUUUUAGAUUGGGUUGAAGAUGACGAAAAUGAAGAAGAAGAUGACGAUAUCGUGAUUGAUGCGGAACUUGAUGAUGUAGAAACAGAAGACGACAAUGAUGAUGGUAGUGAUGGUGAUGGUGACGAUGAUGGUGAUGGUUUAGAUGAAGAUGAGAAGUAUUGGGAAGAGGAGUUCAAGAAGGCGGUAAACAGCAACGAAGAAAUGGAAGUUAUGGCAAGAAGAAGUGUGAAAAUGACGAAGAAGUUGUACGAGAAGCAAGCACAGAAUAUGGAAGAGAAGCGAACGAAGGAGGAGAAUGACAAGGGUGAAAUGGCAAUGAGGCGCGGUCGGGCCAAGGUAACUCAAGAGGAAUGGAAGCAACUCGGGUAUGGGCCGAGGAUGAAAAAGAUCAAGAAAAGUAGGAUUCCACCGGGUCAGUUCUUGAGAGCUGCGGUUAGACCCUUUUUGUACAAGAAUCUUGUUAAAGAGAUUGUUUUGACUAGGCACGCGAUUGUAGAGGGUGAGAUUGGUGGUGGUAAGAAGAAAUGAAGUCUUCUAAGACUGCAUCAUUAAGAAUGUAAAAUCUAAAAUUCCUGCUGCUCUGUACUAUUGUAAUGUUACUUAUUUAUGAAAACAAGUUCAUCUUGAAUUAAAA